UCAUCUUCUCCUCCUCCUCUUACAACUACUCUGAAACUUCAUUCAAAAACUAAGUACUAGUGGACAUGGACAAAGAUGCCUAUUAUUCUAGUGUUGUUGAUCAAAAGAAGCUUAAACUAUUUGGGUUUGAGCUCAAUUACCCUAGUAAUAACACUGGUGAAGGAGAUCAUGAAAGUGUGAAUUCAUCAACAAGCAGUAUUUCCCCUACAAGAGAAGACAACAACAAGAAGAAGCCUUUGAAGGACGACGACGUCGUUUUGGUCGUCGUCGACAACAAGAAGUUCGAGUGCCAGUAUUGUUUCAAGGAGUUUGCAAAUUCACAAGCAUUGGGGGGUCACCAGAAUGCACACAAGAAGGAAAGAAUGAAGAAGAAGAGGUCACAACGACUUCAAGCAAGGAAGGCCAGCAUCAACUAUUAUCUUCAGCCUUUUAAUAAUUACUAUGGAUUCAGUACUACUCCAUGGUACUAUGAUCCUUCUUGUUAUAGUAAUUCAUCUGAUCUGUUUACAUUUCAUGAGGAUCAGUCUCCACAGAUUAGUUUCAGGCAGUUUGAUCAUCAUAGUGAUUUUCGUGUCAAUGGGUCAAAACGGUGCGCACAGAGGCGAGAAUCGGGUGCGUUUACAUUAACGCAGGCUGAUGAGAGAUUGAAGGAUCAGGAGAUGAUCACAAGGCCUGUGAUUGUGAAGGCUGCUUCAAAGGAAUCUUGUAAAUCUUUGGAUCUUCAAUUAGGUCUUAGCUUGCAGUCAAAUUUUAGUUAGAAAUUUAAAAAAAAAAAAAAAAAUUCUUUGAUUUCCGAAAUUGGCUUUGCAUGUUUUGCCAAGUGUUAUUAAUUUAUUUGGGGAUCAAUGAAUUGCUAAUUUUUGUUGCUUAGUUUUCACGUCAUUGUAUGUGUAUACAUAAACAUGAUUUGGUGUGGAAAUAUAUUUAAUUUUAUUUAUUUUAAUAAAAGUAAUCUUGUA